AUGGACACCGACGGUUCUCAAUGCCCCGAAAAUAGCAACUCGACGGACUGCCUGCUUCGAGCCCUGCUCCAACUUCUAAAGGAACACAGAGAGACCGAUGAAGCAGAAAUAGAUUGGGAUCCGAUCAGCUUCGCCUUUACCCUCCUCAUUGGCUGUCUCGCCACAGCUUUUGCUCUGGCAACUAUUCUGCAGGCUAUCUUUGCAGCGGGCAAGGGUCGCCGAAGAACCAGCCAUUUUGCUAUCGGAAAAUGGUCCCGAAAGACCAAAAGAAGAUGGGACUGGUCUGAGAUGAAUUUUCGAUUCACAGCAUCUACGCCGAUUUUGCGAGAGCAAUCGUUGCGGUUCAUGCCUUUGCGGUCAGAGGCUGCAGAAAGCAAGAGCCUAGACAGCACAGGAUCAUCCUACACUACUUUUCGACACAGAAUUCGAGGCUUGUGGGCUCAUGCCCCGUGGGUUGCUUCAUACCUUCAUCCUAGUCAAACACAACGCCCAUCCGCAGCAUGGCUCGAAUUUUUCGAGGAGGUGGGCUUGGAGAAAGUGGACACUCAGGCUUGGGGCCACAACGUGCGGGAGGUUUCUGCAGAGUACCUACCGGAUGACCUCGUGGCUGCCCCUGCGUAUGCUCAACUGGGAGCCAUUGUUGCUGCAGUGGCGACAGCAGGAAUUCAGAAAUUGGAAAUGGAUCAGCAAAGGUAUCCAAUUCUGCUUGGGCGUGGGUUUCAAGUCGACUUCCGCCAACAUCCAGUUCUUGGGGUGGUGGGCGCCUACUCGCGAUACGACAAGAAGGACGAAACAACAAGAGCACCGAAGUUGGAAAAGCUGAGAUCGACGAUGGAAUAUGGGUGCGGAAUCAUUGAUACCGGAGUAUUCAGUAUUGACUUGUCCACCAAGUCCAAACGACGACUUGCCAUUGAAAGAUGGAACCUGACCCCAAAGUCACUUGCAGUCGCAGCAAAGCCAAGCACGCACGGCAUAUUUGCUGUGAAGCUGGCCGCCAUUUCCGAGGUUCACUUGCCGCUAAUCGCUGGUCUGUUCGCCCUCACACCGAAACAUGUUCCUGCGCUAUUCCCAACCACGACAAUGAGGACUAGCCUCUCUCUCACAGUCCUUGCCCUGAGUGGUAGAUUUUGGGCAGAAGCACGUCUUGACAUAUUCAACCAAUCCGACAUCAUAAAAUGGCCUGCGUCUCACGUCACUCCAAGUUGGGAUGGAUUCAAAUGGCAUGAUUUCAUAGACUCAAGCUCAAGUUCAGCAAUCAAGGCCCUUUUUUCUAAGAUUUACUUCAAACAUCAAGCGGGGAAGCUAUUUGCCUCAUUGUCCUUGUCGCAUUAUGACAAACAAGGAGGGGGUUCAGCGGAAGAAGAGCCUGCACCGGCAGAAGCCAAAAAGGCGACUGGAGAAGCACCAGAACUAGCCGCUGAGGAUGCCAUAACUUCGGGCAACAAGCUUGGGAUUGAGAACGCCGUUCACAAACGAACUCAUAUUACUAAUGGCUACUGUCUGGCCCUUCAUAUGUGCGUCAAAUUUCUUCAGGGACCUGAGAGGUUUGAGGAAUGGUUGUUAGAGUCUUCAAUCGAUGAACAGAAUACCCUUAGAUGCAUCAUACUCGAGCAAAUCAAAGAAGUGGACACAUGGCUCCUAGAGAAGUGUGUGGAUCUCGAAGAUCUCAAGGGCCGGUCUAUCAUUUUGUGUAACACAACGAUAGCGUUUUCGCAGGCAGAGCAAAUGAUCAAGGACGGACUUUUCACUGCAUCGGAGUCAGAAACAACUCCGAGACAUAUUUCAAGUCAAUCCGUUGAACACAAUCAUUGCCAGAGCACAAAUCAGGGAGGGCCUAACCAAGAUACUGCCCGGGGACUUCACUUCACCACUCUGCAAGCGCUUCGCAAAUUGGUUGAUAACUUCGACGAAAAUCUGCCCGGCGUCAGGGAGCUGACGAAUCUCGUGGACUCCGAAUUUUCUCAAUCCAGCCGACUUUGGGAUAGGAUACGUGCAUUGGUGGUCUACCACUCUGCGGAAGAUGCACAAUGGCCGUUGUGGGACCAAUUUCACAGGGAAAGAAACAAUGAACUUCAUCGGGAUAUAAAUGAUGUGAUCAUUUAUCGCUGUCUCAUGAUGAUUCUGUUAUUCCGGACGGCCGCAGACAGUAGCAAAAUGCUGGAGUCAGGGCUGUGGGAAAAGGUGGUACCUAUCAUCUAG